CGCUCUCGCGGCGGCGCGGGCCGCGUGCUCCGGCGCUGCCCCAGUCUGCGCGCGGCGGCGGCACCGAGCACCGGGAGCCGGCACCGAGCACCCAGCACCGGGACCCCAGCACCGGCGGCGGCCCCGGUCCCGGACCACCACCCCCCCCCCCCCCGUCCCCAAGAAGCGGCAGCAGCAGCAGCAGCAGCAGCAUGGCCCGAGGAGUCCCGGCGCUGCCGCCGGUCCGGAGCUGAGCCGAGGCGGAGCGGCCGGCGGAGGCACCGCUCGCCCGUCGCAUGCCCGCGGCAGUCGGAUGUGUACGGCCUUCUCCCCCCUCCUCCUCUCCUCCAUGGCCGUCGUGCUCCGGCUUCUCGGCCUCUCCGGGAGCGCUCCGUGGCCGGCGGGCAGCAGCGCACGUCGCGAUCGUCGCGGCUGGCUCCAGUGACCGCGCCCCAGCCCGGCCAUGUACCCCCAGGGCCGGCACCCGGCUCCGCACCAGCCGGGCCAGCCGGGCUUCAAAUUCACCGUGGCCGAAUCGUGCGACCGGAUCAAGGACGAGUUCCAGUUCCUGCAAGCCCAGUACCACAGCCUGAAAGUGGAGUACGACAAGCUGGCGAACGAGAAGACGGAGAUGCAGCGCCAUUACGUGAUGUACUACGAGAUGUCGUACGGUUUGAAUAUUGAAAUGCACAAACAGACAGAAAUUGCUAAAAGGCUGAAUACGAUUUUAGCGCAGAUCAUGCCUUUUCUGUCACAAGAGCACCAACAGCAAGUUGCACAGGCUGUUGAACGUGCCAAGCAAGUGACAAUGACGGAGUUGAAUGCUAUCAUCGGGGUACGUGGACUUCCCAAUCUGCCUCUCACCCAGCAGCAGCUCCAGGCUCAGCACCUCUCCCACGCCGCCCACGGGCCCCCGGUCCAGCUGCCGCCGCACCCCUCGGGCUUGCAGCCGCCCGGCAUCCCGCCCGUCACCGGCAGCAGCUCGGGGCUGCUGGCGCUCGGCGCCCUGGGCAGCCAGGCACACCUGGCCGUCAAGGACGAGAAGAACCACCACGACCUGGACCACAGAGAGCGCGACUCGAGCGCGAAUAACUCCGUCUCGCCCUCGGAAAGCCUGAGAGCCAGCGAGAAGCACCGGAGCUCCACAGACUACAGCAUCGACUCCAAGAAGCGGAAAGCGGAGGAGAAGGACAGCAUGAGCCGAUAUGACAGCGAUGGUGACAAGAGCGACGACCUGGUCGUCGACGUCUCCAACGAGGACCCCGCCACCCCCCGGGUCAGCCCGGCCCACUCGCCCCCGGAGAACGGCAUCGACAAAGCCCGUGGGCUGAAGAAGGGGGACGCGCCAAACAGCCCGGCCUCGGUCGCCUCCUCCAGCAGCACUCCCUCCUCCAAGACUAAGGACCUGGGCCACAAUGAUAAAUCAUCGACGCCCGGGCUCAAGUCAAACACUCCGACGCCGAGGAACGACGCUCCCACCCCGGGGACGAGCAGCACCCCGGGGCUGCGGCCGAUGCCCGGCAAGCCGAGCGGCAUGGACCCGCUGGCCUCAGCCCUGCGGACGCCCAUCUCCAUCGCGGGCUCGUACGCGGCUCCCUUCGCCAUGAUGGGGCACCACGAGAUGAACGGCUCGCUCACCAGCCCCGGCGCCUACGCCGGCCUGCACAACAUCCCCCCGCAGAUGAGCGCCGCUGCCGCCGCCGCCGCCGCCUAUGGCCGGUCGCCAAUGGUGAGCUUUGGAGCUGUCGGCUUCGAUCCACACCCGCCCAUGCGAGCCCCCGGCCUGCCCACGAGCCUGGCGUCCAUCCCCGGCGGGAAGCCAGCCUACUCGUUCCACGUCAGCGCCGACGGGCAGAUGCAGCCGGUCCCCUUUCCCCACGACGCCCUGGCCGGCCCCGGCAUCCCGCGGCACGCCCGGCAGAUCAACACGCUGAGCCACGGGGAGGUGGUGUGCGCCGUCACCAUCAGCAACCCCACCCGGCACGUCUACACCGGCGGCAAGGGCUGCGUGAAGAUCUGGGACAUCAGCCAGCCGGGCAGCAAGAGCCCCAUCUCCCAGCUCGACUGCCUGAACAGAGAUAACUACAUCCGCUCCUGCAAGCUGCUCCCCGACGGCCGCACGCUGAUCGUGGGCGGGGAGGCCAGCACGCUCACCAUCUGGGACCUGGCCUCCCCCACGCCCCGCAUCAAGGCCGAGCUCACCUCCUCCGCCCCCGCCUGCUACGCGCUGGCCAUCAGCCCCGACGCCAAAGUCUGCUUCUCCUGCUGCAGCGACGGCAACAUCGCCGUGUGGGACCUGCACAACCAGACGCUCGUCAGGCAAUUCCAAGGCCACACGGACGGUGCCAGCUGCAUAGACAUCUCGCAUGACGGUACGAAGUUGUGGACGGGGGGGCUGGACAACACGGUGCGCUCCUGGGACCUGCGGGAAGGGCGGCAGCUCCAGCAGCACGACUUCACCUCCCAGAUCUUCUCGCUGGGGUACUGCCCCACGGGCGAGUGGCUGGCGGUGGGCAUGGAGAGCAGCAACGUGGAAGUGCUGCACCACACCAAGCCCGACAAGUACCAGCUGCACCUCCACGAGAGCUGCGUCCUCUCCCUCAAGUUCGCCUACUGCGGUAAAUGGUUCGUGAGCACGGGGAAGGACAACCUGCUCAACGCCUGGAGGACGCCCUACGGAGCGAGCAUCUUCCAGUCCAAGGAAUCCUCGUCUGUCUUAAGUUGCGACAUUUCAGCGGAUGACAAGUACAUCGUAACGGGCUCUGGUGACAAGAAGGCCACGGUCUACGAGGUCAUCUACUAGCCGCGGAGCGGAGCGGGGCUGGCGGCGCCGCGAGCCGUGCUGCAGCCGGGCGGUGGCAGGGCUCGGCGCACGGAGGCAGCGGCCGGGGGCUCGGCCACCGACGGGCGGCCUGGGAUUACACACGGAUUUAUUUGGAGGUCUGCAAAUAUGGCACACAUUGAAGCCCUAAACGAAUUUUUUGGUUUGGUUUUAGGGUUUUUUUUUUUUUUCCUCUUUUUUUCCUUUUUUUUUUUUUUUUUUUUUUGGUUUUCUGGUUCUUUCCGUCUGCGCUUUGGUGGCACUAUACAGGACUUAUUUUUUAUUGUGACUUUUUUUUUUUUUUGUGCAUCCUGCAUAAGACUUGUGAAAAAUGUAAAUACCGGACUAGUAAAUAGCAUUGGAAGGGUGGGGGACCCCUCCCGGUACACUAGGUGUGUAUUUUUCGUCUGCUGUAAUUGUAUUCCACUGAUGGUUUUGGUGGUGGCAAUUUUUUUUUAUUUUUUUUUUCCUUACCCCCUCCCCUCCCCCCCUCCCCCCCCCCCGAAGCGUCCGUUUGGGACGCGACCUGGACAUGCAGCGUGUAACCAGACUGAGCAAAGAUGUCCACUGGUGAAAGUUGUUCCUACUGUCGUACACGUGCGUUGUUCGGUGUGUUAGUCGUGUUCGGACGCUGUACGGACUGCGGUGAAGUCGGUCGGAUCCUCAGCUACUGACGGGACAUCAGCAAAACAAUCACGUUUUUAUAUGGAUUUUUGUGCUCGUAUGUUUGAAGAAAAGGGGAAGCCCAUGAUCCGGGAAUCAUCUGCUCAAGCCCUUCUUGGUCUUCGGACAUAAGCAAUGAGGAGUGAUUUCAAAGAAAGCAUAGUAAAUUCAGCUCAGGGAGCCACGAAAGAUAAUAGCAACUUAUGUGUUUUGUAUUCAAAUGAAAGUAAAGAAUUAGAAUUGAUAACCUUUAAAAUACAGUUUUUUAAAGCAAAGUUUACUAACAAGUAGGGUUUGUGUGUGGUGGGGGGAAGGGGCUGGCUUUGGUAGGGUCCUGUGGCUAUAUGGUCUUGUGUCUUCUGGUAUAUAGGUUCUGAUGAAGCAAAACCCAUCCCCGCACAGGCCUGCAUUUCAGCAUUUUGUACUAAAGGGUAAAAAAAAAAAAAAAAAAAAAAAAAAAAAAAGAAUAGAAAAAAAAAAGAAAUAACGGGAAAUAAAAGUAUUUGUGUAGCAGAAGUGCUCACCCUGUAUUGUAGCAUAUGGAAGAGAAUUUUUAUACUACGUUUUUAUGGAUUAGUUUUUAAUUUUUUGAUUUUAGCCUGGUCAAAGCCCACUUAGGGUCGAGGUGAGAGCUGCCCGUUGGGGACGGGUGGCCCGUGGGUGCCGUAGAGCGGCCGGCGGCCGGCCGUGAGCUUUGGAUGUGACUCCAGCAUCGCCUCCCUCCGGCCAUCGUGGCUGCUUUGGGGGGAGAGGAGUUGGGGUGGAAAGGAGAUUUCGUGGAAAAUGUAUCUUUUCCCCUUCAGGACGGCGUUUCUGAGAUUUUUGCCCUUUUUUCUGUUCCAAACCGAGGGAGACGUCCCAGGCAGAGCGUGCCUGCCCUGCGCGGCUCAUUAGUGCUCGCUGCGCCCAGCCGGAGGAGAUGGGAUUGAUCUCGUGCGCUAAUUACCCGGCAAGGAACGGAGGAAAAAAAGCUCUUUAAAACUGCAUUUAAGGAAGGUGGCUCUAAGGGCGGUUUGGCUGAGAAAAAGGACUGAAAAAGCCCCUUCCCACCAGCUCCGUGCGCUCUUGGGCUCGGUGACGCUGUGGGGCUCCACCAGCGGGGACGGUCCCAGCGGGGGCAGCUGCGUCCCCCCGGAUGUGCCCCCAGCCCCGGUACAGCCUCCGGGAGCAUCCCCUGGUCUGCAGCCUCGGGAAAAGGGUCAGUGGCUCCAGAAAACCUCGAUAGCAGCUGCCCCCUGCCCUAAGGGCACUGCCGGCUCCCCUCCUGCCUGCUCGCUGGGUGCAAUCGACGCUUGGUUUCCCCCACGAGCCCCCCGCCAGCGAGGAACUGCGCGUGGUGGAGGGCGGCCGAGUCAGACUUCUCAACUUCACGCCAAAGGAUGUAGCAGAACGUGUACAGCUGUUAAUAACUACAACUGUUUUGUUUUUUUGUU